AAUUAUGGAUAUAUUACCAUUUAAUUUCCGAGUUCUUUGGUUCUGCGGUGCAUGGAGCGAAGAGAACAAUAACAAUAACAACUUUUUCAUUCGUUUCUUAAGUUUCUGCUACAGAUAUGUCAUUGUUAUUUUAAUAUACGAAUUUACAAUAUCGGAAGUUAUCGAGCUUGUAAGGACGCACGACGAUAUUGAAGAUAUGACCGAAGGGCUCUUCCUAGCAUUAACUUAUGUAGCUUUAUGUUUUAAAUAUGGAAACUUCUUAGCGCGACAAAACGAAAUAUCUAUGUUGUUGGAUUGUUUUCGAAGAAAAACAUGUCAGCCAAGGAAUUUUGAAGAAAAGAUGAUUCUUCUUAAAUACGAUCGUAAAGCUAAGUGGUGCGUCAGAACUUUCAUGAGUAUAUCUCAAGCUACUUGCAUAGCUCUCAUACUCGCUCCUGUCGUGGGACCUCAGAAAACCGACAGACCUUUACCGUUUAAGACAUACCUGCCGUAUUCAAUCUCCAAUUUCUAUCCAUAUUUGGCAACCUAUCUUCAACACGUAGGCGCAAUAUUUUACGGAGUACUGCUGAACGUUUCGUUCGACUCCCUCGUCUACGGCUUCACCCUUCACACCUGUGGACAGAUCGAGUUGCUGUGUUAUCGUCUGUCAAAGCUCUUCAAGUAUCACCCCGACCAAUAUCGAAUCAAUUUGGGCAAAGGCGCGAUGAUCAGCGAGUGCGUGAGACAUCACUUAUAUGUACACGAGAUCGUGCGCAGGAUAAAAUCGUUGUUUGUGUGGACCGUGACGAUUUUAUUCAUUUUCAGCCUGGUCACCCUGUGCACCAGUAUUUUCCAAAUGUCUAAGAAGAAAAUUCUCAGCGUCGAAUUUCUCUCGUUGACUUUGUACCUUGGCUGCAUGCUGUUUCAAGUGUUCUUCUAUUGCUGGUAUGGAAACGAGUUACAAUUGAAGAGUAAAGGUAUUGGCGAUGCUAUUUAUUUGAGCGAUUGGACGACCGCCACGACGAGAGACCGCAGAAGUCUGCUGUUUGUGAUGGCCAUCAGUCAAAGAGGAUUGAAGCUAUCUUAUUAUGGAAUUUUUAACUUGGCUCUCGAUACUUUCACUUGGAUUUUGAAAACGUCUUACUCUGCUUUCAAUGUCCUACAACAGACGUCGAUGUGAUUAGAAUUGAAUUAUAGAAAGAAUAACGGAUUGUAUAGAAUUAUUUUUUUUACAUCUGUGUAUUUUAGACAUACAUAAAAACUUUUUAAAGUAGAAUUGUCUUUGAAUUAUAAUUUUUUAUUAAACAAUAUUCUAUAUGACAAUCUUCUACAUAUAUAUUACAUAAAAUUUCUAGAUAGUUUUUAUUAUUCUUUAUAUUUAAAUAUGAUUAAAUUAAAUCAAUUAUAAGUCCUCUAUAAAUUUUACCUGUAAUUUCUGUUCUUUGGGAACCAGACGAAAAUUCGGUUGUAGCAAUAAAAAUAUUCUUGUUUGACAGUCAUUACGAUAAACAGCUAGAAAGGAUUACUUCUUUCCCCACUACAAAAUAUUUGCGUUAUCUCUGAACUAUGGGUGAGUAAACUCAGGAAUAAAUAUAUUCACCCGCGACAAAGCUUACAAGAUAAAAUUGAUUUCAAUAUUGCAAAGUAUAGCAAAUUUAUUGUUGUUACUGAAAUUUAAAUGUUUAUAUUAACGUCAAAAAAUUAAAUUAAUUCAAACUAAUGCAAAUUAAUUUA